UGACUUGCUUUUUUUAUGAAAUGUGAAUGAACAUUUUUGCUCUAACUUCUUUUUUUGAAAUUUUUAAACAAAAAUUAGGUUCACAAAUUCAAGUUAUGUCUGAGAGACCCUAUGAUAUUGCGGUUUAUGGAGCAAGUGGUUACACUGGAAAGUAUGUUGCAGCCGAAGUUGUUAGAACGUGUCAGGGGAAAAAAAUUGCUAUUGCUGGUAGAUCGAAGGCAAAAUUGGAAAAAGUUUUUGAUGUUAUAGAAAAGGAAUGUGGUUGGAAUACACGUGGUGAAGUGGGUAUCAUUAUAGCUGAUAGUUCUAAUGAAGAAUCCAUUCGAGAGAUGUGUAGACAAAGUUGCAUAGUUAUAAACUGUGUUGGUCCUUUUCGAUGGUAUGGAGAACAAGUUGUCAAGGCUUGUGUUGAUAUGGCAACUAAUUAUGUUGAUAUAAGUGGUGAACCAGAGUAUCUUCAAAUGUUGCAGUUAAAAUACCAUAAACAAGCAGAGGAAAAAGGGAUACAUAUAGUUGGUGCUUGUGGAUUCGACAGUGUUCCAGCUGAUGUUGGAUUAGAAUUACUGAGAGAAAAAUUUAAUGGUGAACUAACUGCAGCUGAGAGUUAUAUUCAUUUAUAUGGACCACAAAAAGGGAACUAUGGGACUUACCUAACUAUCAUACACAGUGUUCAAGGCAGAAAAAAUUUGAAAAUUCAACAAAAAGCUAUUUUUAAAGAAAGACUUAGAUUUACUGGACCUAAACUUCUUAUGAGAUAUCCAGGUUUUUCAAAAUCUGAGAAUCGUUGGUUUAUUCCAUUUCUUGGUGCAGAUCCUUCCGUUGUCAGACGUACACAAUUAUAUGAGAGUAUGAAUCACAAUCAAACACCAAUUCAGUAUGGUGCUUACUUUACUGCUCCAUCAUUUUUAGUUGCUUUUUUUAUGAUCCUUUUUGGGCUUCUUGUUUGGAUAUUUACAAAGUUUUCAUUUGGAAUCAAACUGCUUGAAAAAUAUCCUAAAAUAUUUUCGUUUGGAACAUUUUCAUUUGAAGGACCUUCACGUGAAGACUUAGCACGUGGAGGAUUUAAAAUGGUGUUUCAUGGAAAAGGAUACAGUGAAAAACCUACUUCCAGUGCUGCUGCUGGAAAGCCAGAUAAAGGACUAUCUAUGCAAAUAAUAGGACCAGAAAUUGGUUAUAUUUUCACAUCUAUAUGUGUUGUUGCAUGCGCAAAAACAAUUUUAGAUGAUAACCUAAGAAACAGAGGUGGUGUGCUUACUGCAGGAUCAGCUUUUAAAGGCACUGGAUUAAUUGAUCGUUUAAUAAAUAGAGGUGUAAAGUUUGAAAUUUUAUAAUCUGAGAUUUUUUUGAUUUUUUAAAAAGCAGCUUUUUUAUUAUUGUGUGAUAUCUUUUAACAUUCAAUAGAAUAAAGUUGUAAGUCUGUUUUACGUUUAUAUAUUUUAUACCUUGAUUCUCUUCGA